AAUGGUGGAUGCAAGCCGUCAACUAUCAACUGUCCAGAAAAAUCCGUUGCCCGGUCAUAAAUUGACAUAUGUCGAUAAAAAACAUAGCAAAGAGCAAAGAUUUCGUUAUGAUGAAGAUGCUGUUAGCAUGAGAAACUUUAUGGAAAUGAAUCCGAAAAUGUUGGAGCAGUAUGUUAUUGAUUGUAUACCUUUAGAGGUAAUAAAAAACUGGUUAAUAAGAAAAAAGAAGUUAGUGUUGAAAGAUGAAUUAGACGAUGAUUUAUGUGAUGAUAUUUUCAAGGAAAAGAAAAUAAAGCAAGUACAGAAAAAACUUCUUAGGGACGCUGAUAAUGAAUUGGAGACCAGGCAUAUUAUACAGUUUCAGAAGAAUUCUGAUAAGAAUCCGUUCUCACAGUGGCACUUACGAUUGGUUAUCACUGUUUCAGCCUGGUUUGGUAUUUUACUUAAUCGACUUCAUGCAAAUUUCUCUUCCGAAAAGCAAAAUCAAUUAAAUAAUUACUUACUAAACUUUCAUUACAACUCUUUCACUGAUACCUUUGAUUUACCUCUUCUACCUGAAUAUGUAGAGACAUUUAUCACUGAUAAAUUAAUAGGGGCUGAGAAAUCCAUCAUAUAUCAAGUCGAAGAAGAAGAUAGAGUGAUAUCAUCCAUCUCUAAUGAUAAAAGAAUCGAAUUUUCUUUAGAAGAAGGUAUAGCCGGUUACGUUGCUCGAAAGUGUGAACUUGUUAGAAUCAACAACGUCCUUCGCGAUAGUAGAUUCGAUGAGAAAAUUGACGGGCAUUUUACAAGAAAUAUCCUGGCUUUUCCAAUCAAGGAAAAUGACAAGGUUGUAGCUGUUAUAGAGUUAAUAAAUAAAAGGAACUUUGAAGGCGGUUUUACUUCUAAUGACAUUGAGACUAUACAGUCAAUUGAGGCUCAUUUAAAAUUGAUUAUUAACUACUCCAAACUAGUAGACAAAUUGAAAAUGAACGCUUAUACUACAAAAAUUUGUGAGGAUGUACUUUCGCAUCACAUGUGGUGCGGUGAGGAUAUUCAAGCAGCUAUUAAAAGUAAAGCCAUCCUUAAUCCUGUCAAAAUACCCGAUAAUAUAGAUAAUCAUUCGUUUACUUUUCAUGACUGCGAGAACAUACUACCCCAACUUAUUAUCUACAUGUGCCAACAGCUAGCAGGACCAAACGGCUUUCAACUAAACAAAUUAGUUGGAUUUAUACUGUCAGCUAAAAAAUCUUAUAGGCCUGUACCAUUUCAUAAUUGGAAGAAUGCUUGCCGAACUGCUCAUUUUGUUUAUACCAUUUUGAAAAAGAUUAGAGGCGAUGUUAAAUUACCUAUUAUUCAAGUUAAAGCGAUCUUCAUUGCGUGUCUAUGCCUUCAUAUCGAUCACAGAGGCGUCAACAACGAUUAUCUAAAAUCAACGAAUGAUCCCAUGUCUUUAAUCUACAAAUGCUCAAUAAUAGAACAACAUCAUCUAAAAAUAACCUACUUGUUACUGCAAAAUUCAGAAAUAAACAUCUUCUAUGACCUUAAUGAAACUGAUUAUGAAGAAGUAUUGAAGACGAUAAGACUAUGUAUUUUAUCAACAAGACAAAAUAAUUUGGUAGGAGUUGUAAAUGAUAUAGCAGCUUUAGCAAACCUUGAAGAAAUGAAUAUAGAAAAUACAACUUGGAAGGAACGUAUUAUAAGUUUAAUAUCAAGUUUAUCAAAUCUUUACUAUUGUUGUUUACCUUGGGAGGAGCAUAGAAUCGCUUGUGAUCUUCUAGAAUCCGAGAUGAAUAAAGAAGAUGAAUUAUUUAAAGCUGCUAAUGGAAGAUAUGAUAAAUUAUACCGGGAGAAAGAUCUUAUAAAUAAUCAUAUUGAACUCUUUGCAAACGCUAUACUUCCAGGGUUAAAAAUUCUUGUUGGUCUCUUUCCAUCUUUAAUAGAAAUUUACAAUGAAGCAGAUAAAAAUUAUCUUGGUUGGAUAAGAAUAAAAGAACAAAAUUUAUCUCUUUAA